AAGAGAUUGGCUUUUUUUAAUGGUAUUUUGGUCUGUAGUGAAUGUGGCAACCUCUCUCACUAAACUCGUGCACAUAUUGUAAACUUUCCUCUCUAAACUCACGUGUGGUAAACUGUUCUUAACUGGAUAAAUUCUGGAUAAAAAGAGCUAUCUCAUGGUCAAAACACACGGAAAUUCUCUUUAAUAUAGCUGUACAUCAAAAUUAUUCUAUAAAAGUUAGCGAAAACAAAUAAGUUUCACUAAGUAUGGUGAACUUCUGAUGUGUUUCUUUUCCAUUCGUGAUGUUAUUGGCUUUCCUCUGCACUGCAGUCAUAUAAGUGAGCAUGUCCAUAAUCCAUCUACCCCUCUCUAACGCUCACUAAACCCCACCAGAAAUGACAUCAUGUUACUACGUUGAUGGCGGUGUUGGGGCGCUGUCUGAAGCAAUGGGUGGUAAAUGGAACAUUGUAUAAGGUCCAGCGAUAGAAGGAACUGUAUGUUUAUCAAAUAGUUCCACAUCUACUGCUGAAAUGCCCACCCGAGGUCGUGUCACCUGGGCACAAGUUAGAGAAGAUCUUCGCCUUGUCAGUUUGUCACUUUCUUUGGGAACCACAAUACUGAGUGAAGACACUUUUCUUGUUUUUACCUCAAUAUCUCCUGAACGAAUAAAGUGUCUCGGUUGUCGAUCAGUAAAUGUUGGAGCAGAUCUAAGUCUUCUAAAGGAACCUUCAGUCGAAGGCCUCUCACCAGAGUUCAUUCUGUUUUGCAACUUUUUACCACUUUUCAGUCUGUAAUGAAGCUUGUCUUCUUUUAACUCCUCUAAAGCAGAACCUUCGUUUUGUGUUCUAAAGUUUGGCAUACAUGUUUGACUUCUUGGUAUGCGCCGCAUGUCUUCCAAGCCGACUUUCUUGUGUUCACUUCGCUCAUGAGUGGUGUUAGCAAUGCCGCCAUUGUUUGAACUAUCUUCUGUGGCCGCUAUGCCAUCAAGAAUAUCGAAAGUUUCGUCGUUGUUGCUUGCUUUGAUCCCAACUUGACUAGUCUGAAGUUGUUCUUGAUCUUUGAUAAAUCGUAGCAAUAAAUCUCGUUUUGCUUUCGCGAGAUCUACCUUCUCCGUGGCAAGAUUGGUUUCCAUGUUAAUGAUGUUAAGUUGUUAAGAACGAGAGCCACAGCAGAUCGUUGCUUUAGUGUUGGAGCUUGCGUUCAAAUCUCUGUGGAUAGUAACUUUUAUAUGAUUCUUUUCUUUAAGUGAAAUAAUUUCGAUAAUUCGUCGUCGACUUACUUAGUCCUCAAGUAAACAUGGAAUAUUAAAUAUUUUCCCUUCAUCCACUAAUUACUGCUGGAUAAUCUGUCCCAGACACGGUACUGUAUUUCAGAUUAACACCCUUAAUCUUGCAUCGUUCAUCAAAAGCUUCCUUUAGCUGGAAAACUUUGUAUAUUUCUCUUAAAGUUGCUUGAAAUAGAAAGUUUUUUUACAAGAUCUUGUCCUGCGGUGUGUUACGAUGUGUAUUAGUAAUUAUAAUUGCCAAGGUAACCUACAUUGUGGUCCGUGGUUAAAACGCCUUCUUUUCAAACUAUUUAAUAUUUAUUGCGCCUCAUUAUUUAUUGUUUUGACACUAAUGAAUUUUGUUCACAAAGAAAUUGCGCAGUGAAUUCAGGUCAUUAACAUAACGAACUCUUCUUUGUUGGGCAAAAGUUCAGUGAUAUUAAAAAAACAAAAAAUCUGGAGCCUCUCUAUGAUAGCGCGUGGCACGAAAAAGGAUCUCAAAUGUGGUUUUUUAGGUGGGGGGUUGGAGGGAAAAUGUCAUGAUUCUCAAGAAUAGCCACAGAAUUUUUUUCAGAACUUUGGUCCAUAUGCCCCCUCCUUCCCCCCUGCCCCCUACUCCCCCCCCCCGCUUUUUUUUUAAAUUGAGUCACUGAUAUCUUAGAUUGAGGAUGAAAUGAUUCAGUGCAUUUCCUGUGAAGAUUGGUUCCACUCAAGAGUAAGUAGCUCAAAAGAUUAAAUUUCUAAAUAGAUUGGAUAUGGCAAACAACUUCUGGGGGGGGGGGGGAGUAGGGAGUUAUUGACCAAUGGAGAGUCAAUUAGAAUGUUGUUCUACAAUGGCAGCAUCUUGGCAAUCUUCCACCAUUGGAUGGUGAUUACAGUGAGAUGAUCUGUGACCAGUGCAUGGAGAAGACCAGUUUCAUGCAAGCAUACCUACCAUAUUCAUUACCAAGUCAGCAGAUUUGUACCAUCAAGAAAUGCGAUACAAAUGAAAGCGUUGACGUACAAGGAAUUGAAAAUGAACCGGGAAACUGUUCGGCGAACAGCGGCGUGUUUUCCGACGUGAAAUCUGAGGAUGAACACAGCACAGAUAAGGAGGUAUGUUGUCUGUAUUUGUGGGCUUCAUUCAGAGCAUUUUUUACAUUGAAUUGAGCAGGGUUCAACCUCAAAUAUAUCGAUAAUUAUGCUGCACGAGAAUGAGCAAUGAUUCUAUAAAACAAGGGCUGGUUGUUCGUAGCACGUUUAGCUUAAACGGCGGAUGAGUCCAAAAUAUAAAGCAAGUCUAUGUUGUCAUUGAACAAUCAAAAUAUUUUUUCCAAUCUAAAAAAGAGCACUUUUGUAUAGAAGUACGUAAAUUUUAAAAAUUUAUGUGUUUUUAAACAAAUUUAAAAUGUAUAAUAAAAAUUAUAUCUAUAUAUAAUUUCUAUAUUUAUAUUGUAUAUUUUUUAUUUUUUAUAUUAUGUAUUAAUAUAAAAAAUACUUUAUAUAUAAUGUACGUAUAAUAUAAAUUAUAUACAUUGUAUAUUAUAAUUUAUAUGAUAUAUAUACCAGUUGAUCUGGAAACACGGAAAAGUACUGGCACUAGUACAAAAUAUGCAAAAUGGAUUUCUAUUCGGUAGCUAGUUCCAGGCCUUUUGCACACGGUCAGAUCAGCUAGCUUAUAUAUAAAUAUAUAUAUAUUACGCCAAUAUAUUAUCUUCUCUCCUUACAACUGCCAGACCUCGCCACAGAAAGCGCCCAAAAGAAAGUUAAGCGAAGGAGCUGGUGACGAGCCAAGCGAAGCGCAUGGCGAGACAUCUUCAAAGAAGUUGUGCGAAGAGAAAAAUUCCGAGAAAACUGCGAAAGACAAGACCGAAUGCAUUUAUCAAAAACUUCUCGGAAACGAAAAAAAGAAAUCUGGUUGCACUUAUUGGAAAAAUGGCUGGAGGGCGAAGUUGUGUUCUUGUCAAGCGUGCAAGGUAUGAUGGGAUGCAUUGCCAUUAACAUCCCAUCUGCGUGAAGACAACAUCACGGUACCCAGUAUAUGAUGUAGAGCAAGAUCAUUUAUUUUCAUUUUCUAGCUAAUGUACAAAGAACAGGAUGUCGAAUUUCUUAUGGACGAAUCGGAUACCAUAAUAUCGUACGAAGAUCGCGGUCAGUCACGGAGAGAACAACAGUCCAGUUCUUACGACUCCAGUCUCAAUGCGUUGAACAGUCUAGGCAGAGUCCAGCAAAUAGAGAUCCUACACGGUAAGAGAAACGUAGUAUUUGGCGGGGGCGUGGCUUGGGGGGAAGGGACAGGAGGGGGGUGGUUUGGGGGGGGGCGUGGCGAGGAGGAGGCGCCCCUGAUCGUAGUCCAGGGUCUGAUUGUUGACUGGAGGUAUCGAUAUCAUUCCAAAAUUUUCGGUCUUCUUCCUUGUCCAGGUUACAAUGAUAUGAAGACACAACUGACCAGUUACCUCGCUGACUUUGCCAAAGAAGGAAAGGUAUCAUGACAAAGUUAUCAAGAUUUCACAAUAUCAACAAGCAGCAAAGGUUCAACUCACUAUCCAAAUGAUGCAAUAAGAUUCGACGUUUUGACCCAUUCUCGGCCCUUCCCACUAAUUCCCAAAACGUUGAAUCUUAUUAUAUCGUUUAGCUAGUGGGUAGAACUUUUGCUACUUGUCCGCUACCUACACUGGCCACAUAAUUUGAGCAUAUCUCACAAUACCUUGUUUGGUAUAACUUUACAGACCGUUACAAAAGAAGACAUCCAAACAUUUUUUCAAAAACUCCAAGAGAAGAAAAACAAAGACUCCGGAAAUAUUCCACAUUUUUGCAGAUGACAUUCCUAUUUAUUCGGUAUAGCAGGAACAUUUUUGCCACGACAGCUUAGCCAACGGAGUUUAAAAAUCUUAAUUACUGUAGAUCACAACAGAACAUACAUGUUGUCAUUUAUGUUAGUUUUCAGCUAGACACUUAUAUAAAUUAUUCAAUAUCGUUGACAAUUGACAAAUUUCAUUGUUUUACAAUUUUUCAUUGUAAUUGCUGUAAGUUUAUCCUUCAUUCCGUAGCUGAAACGCCCCAAGACUUGUAAUCAUCUUUUCGGACUUCCAUGUUACCAGCAACUCAGCACUCUGGUAGAACACUAAAAAACAAAACUGGUAAAAAAAACACGCCUAUUAACCUCAAUAUGGCGUGUGGUGACGUACUUACUUUCUAACACAGAUGGAUAUUUUUCGUUCAUUGAUUUCCUAUAAUCUACAGAAAAGAAAAAGAUUGUGUAAAUUGCGAAGCUGGGGCACAUUAUCUACUGUAUAAUUCUUUAACUCUUACACUUCAAUGCCAACUUCGUACCCAGGCCCUUCUCAAGUUUUCCCGCGUUGAAAUCGAGACUGGUACUCCGGCAAGCAAAACCCGACUUUUGCGCCAGAGUCUCGAUUUCCACGCUGGAAAACUUGAGAAGGACCUGGGUACGAGGUUGCUAGAAUUUGAAAUUCGAAUGCGUCCAGUUUUUAUAUAGCGCUCAGCGGGAGAGCAAUUAUGACCGUAGGAAUAAUGCAUUGUGGGAAUGCUGUCCCACUGAGCGCUAAAUAAAAACUGGACACAUUCUGGGCUACCUGACCCCUAUGUAUGACAACUGUUGACCCACAGCAAAGCAAAAAUUACGACUUGACAUAUCGACCUCUGGUCAUGACGCACGAGGGAAAGAGACACACGGUAAGCGAUGUUAUGAGUGCAGGUAAACAAGAAGAAAUCGCUUGUUUAACAUCAUCAACGUUUGUUAUCUAAUCAGUCUACUGUGCUAUUGUGCAAAAUUUGUAAAAUAAGUUGGCAAGUAAAUUUUCACCAAUACAAAUUCUUUUGAGAAAGCAAGAGUAUAGGAUAAAUUUGGCACAAAUUAGCAUUCUUUUGCACAAGUGCACUAGUGACUAUUUUCUCCAAAAAUUUGGUUUCUAAAUUUGCAGAACAUUUGCGACCUUGCAAAUUUGAUGAAAUCGCAAACUGGCACUGAUUGCAAAAUUAGUGCAAACCUAUUUUUUUCCUACCGUGUAGGUUGAAAAUAUAAGGAUUUUGUUGAGAAACAUUUUGAUCUAACGUGAAGAAUGGUUUUUCUCUUUCUGGGAGAUACGGUUUCUCUCAAUCAGUCCCGUUUUCACUUGCAAUUAUUGCUGCCAUUCCCGGGCGCAAUUUCCUCUCUUUGAUGGAUGUGAAUGAGUAGAUUAAUGAUAAAUGUGCUGACCGCGUGUUUCCUCAACCGAACAUUUGUAACGAAGCUAGGUUGUAUCAAAGGCGUUUAGCUUAAACGGUCCAUAAGCAAAAUUAUCGCUCCUAUUUAUUUUGUAAACAGUUGCACCUAAUUUUUCUGAACUUCAUGCAUAAUUGUUAUGUUUAGACAGAAAAGUUAAGUUUGCUUGUAAUCUAUAAUUUUGUUUCAUUGAUAUUUUUUACUUAAGCCCCGUUUACACGAGCAAAUUUUAUGUGGCAAAUUUUAUUUGGCACAUAAAAGUUAAUACGCCAGUUUUUCAAAAAAUGUAUUUGCCUCACAGAAAUUGCCCAAUUUUGCAGUUCUACACGGGUAAAUAAAAAUUGUCACAGAAAAAUUGCUCGUGCAGAAAGGUAUAUCCACCGUUUGGCUACAUGCCUUUUACCCUAUAGGUAAACAUCACAAAAUAUACAGAAUUCUAGUUGGCUGCAUGUGCACUUCACUUCUUAUAUUUUUGUUUGUCUCUUAAGUAUUUGAUUCAUUUAUACUACAUCAUACUAUGAUACUCUUCAACCUUUUCCUCUAAUGCAAUGUUUGCCAUUGUUAUUUCGUUCCACAGGGCUCCGUAUUCUUCGCUCUACCCGAUGGCAAUGGUUUGUUGUACAACGUGACUGGAGUAUCUGAAGCGCCUAAAGCCAUCAGUAAUAUUGCUCGAGAUAUACCAUGCAAAACUGACUACACUGAAUUAUUGACAGUUAGCAACUGGUUGAAGAAACCUCAAAGGUACUAA